AUGACCACACUAUCCUCUUGGAAUCCUGAUAAUAGGGAUUGCUGCUCUUGGGAAGGCAUCACAUGUGAUGGUGCCACCGGUCACGUGACCAGUCUCGACCUCAGUGAGCUCCGUAUCUCCGGUCGGAUUGAUUUUGUAAGCCUCUUUCAUCUUCUGAACCUGCAGAAGCUCAACCUCGCUUCCAAUGAGUUUGAUCCCUCUCCAAUCCCAUCUGGGUUUGAGCAGCUCACCAGUUUGACCCAUCUCAACCUCUCUUCUUUGCAUUUUUAUGGCCAAAUCCCGCUGGAAAUCCGACGCUUGACCACUUUGAUGUCCCUCGAUCUAUCCGACAAUAGAUAUUACAAUGAUUCAUACCUUGAAUUGCUGAAACUCGAAAUCCCGAACAUUGGAGCAUUCGUCCAAAAUCUCUCGAGUUUGAGAGAACUGUAUCUCGAUGAUGUAGAAAUCUCAGCUCAGAGCAGCGAGUGGGGCCUAGCGUUAUCCUCGGCACUCCCUCUUCUCCGCAAGUUGAGCUUGACAGAUUGUUAUCUUUCAGGCCCCAUCCAUCCUUCCCUUUCCAAGCUCCAUUUCCUAUCUGAACUCCACCUCAGUCGAAACAAUCUCUCUUCAGCCAUACCCAAGAGUCUUUUCAGCCUGCCAAAUCUACAAACCCUGGAUGUAGGAUACAAUCCUCUCCUCACAGCUGGCGAAAUCCCUCCAAACAAUACUAUCAGGCAGUUGUACCUAUCCGCCACCGGAUUUUGUAGCAAUCUACAAGAUUCGUACGGUAAUUUCACACAGCUGACCACGUUAGUACUCAGUUCUUGCUAUCCAGGAGGCCCAUUUCCAUCAUGGCUUGUGAAGCUCGAGAAACUCAUGUAUUUGGAUCUUUCGUACAAUGGUUUCAGUGGACCAUUGCCAUCAUGGCUUGUGAAGCUCGAGAAACUAGUGCAUUUGGAUCUGUCAUACAAUGGUUUCAGCAGACCAUUGCCAUCGUGGCUUGUGAAGCUGGACAAACUCAUGCAUUUGGAUCUUUCAAACAACGGUUUCAGCGGUCCAAUCCCUUCUUCCUAUGGCAACAAGUUUCAAAAUCUUCAAUGGCUCAGCGUGUACAACAAUUCACUUAGUGGGAUCAUCCCAUCGUCAUUGUUUUCACUCCCAUCAUUGAAAAGGUUGUAUCUCCAUUAUAACCAAUUUAGUGGUCAACUUGGCGAGUUCCAAUACGCAUCCUCUUCACUGCUACAGAUCAUUUUUUUGACCGGCAAUUCACUAAGUGGGACCAUUCCAUCAUCAUUGUUUUGA